UCUUGGUUUACCAUAGGUGGGUGGUGGGACGAGGGUGCUCCAACCUUUUUAGAGACCCCUGGCUGUCCCGCUGACCUCUGCGAUUCUGGAACCUGGUUCGAGCUUAGUGUCUGUAAAAGCUGAAGGGAAUCAUUUGGCGAUCUCAAGAAUGGAGUGGCGAGGCUGCACGGGUGCUCGAGUCCUGACACAUCAGGCUUAGAACUCCGGGCAAGCGACUUAACCCUUCUGAGCCUCAUUGUGAUCAUUUGUAAAAUGGGGAUGUUUAAUACCUGCUUCUUAGAGCUGCUGAGAUGGUCUAAUUGAAACUAGCUAUAUCAAACCUUUCAUUUGUGCUAUUAAUAGUUGGAGUCGUUACAGACUUUGUAGACGCCAGGCACUGACUCGGUCUCAAGAGUUUUUGCACCCUGUAAAACAGCUCUCUUCCCUCAAGCUACUGAUUAACAAGAAAAAUACAUGUGCACAUAACCAGAGUGUCGAAAACUGGAACAGCUCCGCUAAUUUGGGGAAAAAAAAAAAAAAAAGCAGAUAGUGCGUGGUAUUCGCUGAAACUGCCCAGGCUGCUUCUUCAAAGAAGCAUGUACAGACUUGAAGUUGUUGGAGCACUUAGGACUUCGUUUGUGGUGUUAAUGCUGAAAUGAUAUUGAAAAGAAUUUAUUUCUUUGAAAAUAUGAAAACAAAUAUUCACUAUUAUUUUGGCUGCAUUUACUAGUGGGUGGAAAUAGAAGAUUAACUUACAAAUGAAAGGUUAAUUCCUACAGCUUUACGUUGAUGUCAGAGGUAGAAUCAUUUUAAUGACUCAAGAAGGUAAAGAAACUGAGACAGAGAGAUGUAAAGUAACUUUCCUAGGUCAUACAGAUUAUGUACAUUGCAGCUUGGGUCAAGCUAUUUAUCUGAUUCCUGUGGCAAAAUUAAAGACCUGCUAUGGCAAUAAAGAAAGAGACUGAAUUUGUCACUUUCACCUAAAGAAAAAUGACAGACAAAAAUCAAACCUGUGGUGUGGGACAGGAUUUGAUGCCCUAUAUGACUUGUGUGAUUCACAUACUGGAAGAAUGGUUUGGUGUGGAGCAACUGGAGGAUUAUUUGAAUUUUGCAAACUAUCUCUUGUGGGUUUUCACACCACUAAUACUUCUAAUACUCCCUUACUUUACUAUCUUUCUUCUCUACCUUACUAUUAUUUUCUUACACAUUUAUAAGAGGAAGAAUGUAUUAAAAGAAGCCUAUUCUCAUAAUUUAUGGGAUGGUGCAAGGAAGACAGUGGCAACUCUGUGGGAUGGACAUGCAGCAGUUUGGCAUGGUUAUGAAGUUCAUGGGAUGGAAAAAAUACCAGAAGAAGGGCCGGCACUUAUAAUUUUUUAUCAUGGAGCUAUCCCCAUAGAUUUUUACUACUUCAUGGCUAAAAUUUUUAUCCACAAGGGCAGAACUUGCCGAGUGGUAGCUGAUCACUUUGUCUUUAAAAUUCCAGGGUUUAGUUUAUUACUUGAUGUAUUUUGUGCUCUACAUGGACCAAGAGAAAAAUGUGUUGAAAUUCUGAGAAGUGGUCACUUGUUAGCUAUUUCACCAGGUGGAGUUCGAGAAGCCCUAAUUAGUGAUGAAACCUACAACAUCAUAUGGGGUAAUCGUAAAGGCUUCGCUCAGGUUGCAAUUGAUGCAAAAGUGCCCAUUAUUCCUAUGUUUACACAAAAUAUUCGAGAAGGCUUUAGAUCACUUGGAGGAACAAGGUUAUUUAGGUGGCUUUAUGAAAAAUUCCGCUAUCCAUUUGCUCCAAUGUAUGGAGGUUUUCCAGUGAAAUUACGUACCUAUUUAGGUGAUCCCAUUCCGUAUGAUCCAAAGAUAACAGCAGAAGAAUUAGCUGAAAAGACAAAGAAUGCUGUUCAAGCUUUGAUAGAUACGCACCAAAGAAUACCAGGAAACAUUAUGAGUGCUCUGUUAGAACGUUUUCAUAAAAAACAAAAGAUCCACCAGAAGAUGACUUAAUACAUUUAUAUCGAUAUGUUUGUCUCUGUAGUACUGUCUUCUAAAUUUUGUGGUUCUAUAAUAAGCAUUUUUUAAAAUCAUGCUAAUAGACAUCUUUUGCUGAAUUUGUUUAAAAUUGUAUUGUCAAUUUUGCUUUUAUAAUCAAUUGUAUCAGAUUUAAACAACUCAUUACAUGCCUAAUAAUUCAGAAAAUGAUCAUGUUUCUUUUUAUAAAUUCCUAAUAAUGUAUAAUGAACAUAUUGAUUCCUAACAAUAAGGUUAGUAAUAAUAGGAAUUUAAGUUAAACAUUUCUAAGUAAUGCAUCUAGUUUCUGUAUCUGUUGUACUCAACUAAUUUUGUGAGAUGUGUAACCUAGGGUCUAGUACUGAUUGAUGCUUAAGUUAGAAAAUAAUGCUUUUUUAAAAAAUCUCCCCUAACUCCUUUCUUUAUCUUGGGCAAAUCACAUAAUAUUUUUUUUGUGCCUCAUCAGUUAUUAACUUUUUAAAAACAUGUUAAUGAUAUGUUGGGGAUUAUUAUUUUAUGAUCUUUAUAUCUACUGUGGUUGAUAACUGUAGAACGAAGAUUUUAACCAAAUUAAACAAUAUCAAGAUCUUUUAGAGGUUUUUGUAUAUAUUUUGUCCAUUGGAUGUUUAAAUUAUGACUUCAGGUAUGAUGUCCAGUUGCCAAGCACAAAGAAGAUGUACUGUUUUUCAAAUUGAAUAAAAACAAAAUUAGGAAAUGUAAAAUUUCUGAUUAAUAUUUUUAGUAUUAUAUUUUUAAUGAGAGUCUACAAACAAUAUAGGGUGUGCUUGCUGUACAUUAUCAGCCCUACAAUUUGGCUUUUAAGAGUGUAAGGUUAAAUCACUGUCGUGCUCUGCAUUCAUAUGUUAGAAACUGAUUCUAGGCUGAUGAGCUAAGCAAAAGUUCUGCCUUUGCUCAAUAUUGUGUCUUACUCAGUUUGACUUUGCAACCAGUCAAAUGGUUUAUUGUUUCAAUAAAAACAUACUUGAAUGAUGAACUUAUGUGAACAAGUUUUCCGAAAAAUUAAUGGUUUUCAAUUUGUUGUCUCAUUGAAAUCUGAAUUUAAAAAGUAUUUAAACAAAAUAGUACCAGAAAUCAAAUGCAGUAUCUCCCUCUCUCUUUUCUAGAUAUUAAAUUAUUGGGAUUUUUGUAUAGAUUUUUGUAUUAUAGGUAUAUGUAUAUGAUAUGUGUAAUGUAUAUAAAAUUAAGCAACAUAAAAAUAAAA